AUGAUAGCAGCAGCGAAAAAGAAAAGAAGAGAGUGCGGUGAUGGUCAUGGCGGGUUUCAGCUGCACCCACCCGCCGUUGCAUAUGCGAGUAUUGAAAUAAAAAUAAAUAGAAAAGUAAUAAUAAAAAAUAAAAAAAAUAAGAAGACAAGAAAGAGUGCACACAGCGCAUCCGACAGAUCUCCACGUCUUGUCCGUGGAACUGGUUGCUUAGCCUCUUGCGGUGGCGAGACGAGACCUGGCCAGGACGUGAGAAGGAGAAAAGGCGAUGAUAGUGAUGGUGGUAAUGAUGAUGAAGAAGACAAUGAGACGAUGAGCAGACCCUUGAGACAUGCGUACACAAGAGUUACCUACUCCGAAGAUACAUUAGUUGGCAUGUUCAUGCACCUGCCUGUCUGCGAGUCUCCAUCACCUCCUGCUUUUGCCCCUGAACACUUCGAUAUCAAACAGAAGAGCAGUGGAGUUGGCUGGCUACGGAUGAGAUAUCAGAUAUCUUCAUCACCAACCCGGUACAUAACCGAGUCAUACAUGCACUCCUACAUGCAGCUAUCGUUUUGCCUCCCCUUAUAUCGUCUUAGUUACAGUAACUAA